AUGCCGCCCAAACCCUCCGUGCGAGGCGAAUACAUCGAGACCGAAACGGGCAACAAAAUCAGUCGCCGCGCCAGCGUCCUCGGCCCCCGCCAUAUCAUCCUCGCCGGCAAAUGCGUGAUCCAGCAAGACGUCGUCAUUCACGGCGACCUGGUCCGUCCUCCGCAGCCAAAGGCCCCUCCGACGCAGAGCGAUCCGAAGUCGUCGUCGUCCUCGUCUACCACCACAACUCAAGACCAAACCUCGAUCCACCUAGGCCGCUACGUCUUCAUCAGCCCCGGCUGCACGCUGCAUCCUCCGUCCCGGCUCACAACGAUCCCGAACUCAGACCCCGGUGGUGGCAGCCCACGGCAGGUAAUGACCUACUUCAUGCUCCGCAUCUCUGACUACGUCUACAUCGGGCCAAACACGCACGUCCGCGCCGCCGAGAUCCGAUCCAAUGUGUGGAUUGGCGCCAACUGCACCAUCGGCAAUAUGGUCAUGAUUAAGGAUAAUGUGAAGAUCCUGGAUGGGACGGUCCUCCCUGCGAACACGAUCUGGGCGGGCGGGACGGUCAUCGCAGGGCGACCGGGCAGGGUUAUUGGCGAGAUCGGCGAAGGGUGGGCUGCUGGGUCGAGUGGGAGUGGUGGGGGUGGUGGUGGUUCGACCGUGGAUGAAGGCGUCGGGGUCAAGAGUCGGGAAAGGUGGGCUGCUGUUGGGAAUAAGAGGUGA